UCUGUUGUCUCUUCCGGACCCAAGCAGCGGGCCAUCGGCGAGCCCGCAAAGACCCUUGAGAUCUCCAACUCCCACAACACCGUCGGCUCCCUCAAGAGGCUGCUUCGCAGGACAUUUUCCAACCCUAUGAUUUCAGAGGUUGAGUCACAAUAC